AUGGAUCAACACGGCGACGAUUCUCCCUUAGAUGCCGAUCCCCUGCUUGCAGACGACCCCGACGACGACUUCGACCCUUUCCCUGGCGGUGAAGUCGAGGGCCAGCACUUGAUAGGCUUAUCGUUCUCGCAGCGCCGCGCACAAUGGACGAAGAGUUGGGCUCCUUGGCGACGCCUUGGUCCCAGGCAUACCUUGGACGCUCUCCGACCCACGACUCCGUUCACCAUUGUCGCGCUGCUCGCGUGUCUGAAGGCGACACUGUUUUCCAGCGGCAUUCUCUUCCUGACGCCCUUGUUUCGCCUGGUAGAGGAUGCCAUCUGUCAUGUGCACUACCAAAAGGACCUCUCCGAGCCGAUUGAGGAAAAGGAGUGCAAGGUCGACGAGAUACAAUCGCAACUGGCGUACCUGCUCGGCACUGGCGCCGUGAUAGGGGCACUUGUCACCCUCGUCGUCGCUUUCCCCUAUGGUGUGCUCGCUGACAGGCUCGGCCGCAAGCCCGCGUUUUUCCUUGCCUAUCUCGGUAUACUGCUCGGCUUUGGAUGGGCGCCGUUCGUCCUCUCGGUAUCGAAGCAGCCGAAUCUGUGGACCCUGCUCCUGGGUCAGUUCUUCUUCCUCAUCGGCGGUGGCGUGUCGGCGGCCGUGAACAGCAUCUACGCCAUGGCAUCGGACGUGAGCACCGAGGAGAACCGGUCGACCCACUUCCUCUACCUCUCCAUCGGCGGCGUCAUCGCCGGCCUCGGCGUGCCGCUGGCGUCGGGCUUUCUACUGCAGACGUACGGACCGUGGGUGCCCAUCAAGCUGGUGUUCUAUCUGAGCCCCGUCGUCGUCACGGCGGCCAGCCUGCUGCCGGAGACGCUCCCCAUCCAGCUGCCGGGCGGGCGCGGCGUCCCCUCGCCCAGGCGGCCCCUCGCGGCGGCGGUCCGACGGCACGUCUCCUCCCACCUCGCCGAGGUCGCCGGCAUACGAGCGCUGCUGCGGAACCGCAGCCUGCUGUACUGCCUCGCGGCGCCGCUCAUCUCGAACGCGAGCUCGACGUCGCACUCGACCACGUUCACGCAGUACAUCAGCAAGCACUUCGGCUGGUCGCUGGCGCAGACGACGUACGUGCACUCGCCGCUCGCGCUCUGCCACCUGCUCGUGCUCGUGGCGCUGCCGCGGGUGUCGGCGCACCUCCUCACGCCGCGUGGCGGGCGGCUCGGGCUGACGAGCUUUACCAAGGACCUCCUGCUGACGCGGGUCUCGUACGGCGUGCUCGCGGGCUCGUCGGUGCUCCAGGCGCUGAGCCCGUCGGUGGCGCCGUUCCUGCUGACCUACGCGCUCGGCAUGCUGGGGUCGGCGACGGCGCCGCUGACGCGGGCCAUCACGACGGCGUUCGCCGAGAGGAAGGAGCACACGUCGCGGCUGUAUGCGCUGUGCAGCAUCGUCGACACGCUGGGGUCGUUCAUCGGCGGGCCGGUGCUCGCGUGGAGCUUCUCGGUCGGCAUGCGCUGGGGCGGCGUGCUGCGGGGGCUGCCGUGGAUGUACCUCGCCGUGCUGUACGCGGGCGCGGGCGCGGCGUUCAUGAUGGUCGGUGAACCGCGGCACGCGAAGCUGCCACUGGAGACGGAGGGGGGCAUGGGGUAUGAAUCUGCCGCCGAGGAGGAGGAGGAGGAGGAGGAAGAGGAGGGGCUUGGCGCGCGGUAG